AGAUGCUGAGCCUUCAGGGGCGGAGGAGGCGGCGGCGGCAGAGGAGAGAGCGGGAGGAGGGACGCGAGGCAGGAAGAGGGCAGCCGAAGGCCGGGCCAGGUGGCUGGAGCGGGUGCCGGCUGCGCUGCGCGGCUCUCGGUUCCGACGGCCUCUCUCAUUCGCUGAGGGCGCCCGGCUGGGCCGGGCCGGCAGCCGGAGGGGAGGCUCCUCUCCAUGGUCCAGAAGACCAGCAUGUCCCGGAGCCCUUACCCACCCUCCCAGGAGAUCCCCAUGGAGGUCUUCGACCCCAGCCCGCAGGGCAAAUACAGCAAGAGGAAAGGGCGGUUCAAAAGGUCGGAUGGGAGCACGUCCUCAGAUACGACAUCCAACAGUUUUGUCCGCCAGGGCUCGGCGGAGUCCUACACCAGCCGACCAUCGGACUCUGACGUGUCUCUGGAGGAGGACCGGGAAGCCCUAAGGAAGGAAGCAGAGCGCCAGGCAUUAGCCCAGCUCGAGAAAGCCAAGACCAAGCCGGUGGCAUUUGCUGUGCGAACAAAUGUCGGCUACAACCCAUCUCCCGGGGAUGAGGUGCCGGUGCAGGGAGUGGCCAUCACCUUCGAGCCCAAGGAUUUCCUGCACAUCAAAGAGAAAUAUAAUAACGACUGGUGGAUUGGGCGACUGGUGAAGGAGGGCUGUGAGGUUGGCUUUAUCCCCAGCCCUGUCAAACUGGACAGCCUGCGCCUCCUGCAGGAACAGAAGCUGCGCCAGAACCGCCUCAGCUCCAGCAAAUCAGGUGACAACUCCAGCUCCAGCCUAGGAGACGUGGUGACUGGCACCCGCCGCCCCACACCCCCUGCCAGUGCCAAACAGAAGCAGAAGUCGACAGAGCAUGUGCCCCCCUAUGACGUGGUACCUUCCAUGAGGCCCAUCAUCCUGGUGGGACCGUCGCUCAAGGGCUAUGAGGUUACAGACAUGAUGCAGAAAGCUUUAUUUGACUUCCUGAAGCAUCGAUUUGAUGGCAGGAUCUCCAUCACUCGUGUGACGGCAGACAUUUCCCUGGCUAAGCGCUCAGUUCUCAACAACCCCAGCAAACACAUCAUCAUUGAGCGCUCCAACACACGCUCCAGCCUGGCUGAGGUUCAGAGCGAGAUCGAGCGAAUCUUCGAGCUGGCCCGGACCCUUCAGUUGGUUGCUCUGGAUGCUGACACCAUCAACCACCCAGCCCAGCUCUCUAAGACCUCACUGGCCCCCAUCAUUGUUUACAUCAAGAUCACCUCUCCAAAGGUACUUCAGAGGCUCAUCAAGUCCCGAGGGAAGUCUCAGUCCAAACACCUCAAUGUCCAAAUAGCGGCCUCCGAGAAGCUGGCGCAGUGUCCCCCCGAAAUGUUUGACAUCAUCCUGGACGAGAACCAAUUGGAGGACGCCUGCGAGCACUUGGCCGAAUACUUGGAAGCCUAUUGGAAGGCCACACACCCGCCCAGCAGCACUCCGCCCAAUCCGCUGCUGAACCGUACCAUGGCUACUGCGGCUCUGGCCGCCAGCCCUGCCCCUGUCUCCAACCUCCAGGGACCCUACCUUGCUUCCGGGGACCAGUCGCUGGAACGGGCCACCGGGGAGCACGCCAGUGUGCACGAGUACCCCGGGGAGCUGGGCCAGCCCCCGGGCCUUUACCCCAGCAGCCACCCACCAGGCCGGGCGGGCACCCUGCGGGCACUGUCUCGCCAAGACACGUUUGAUGCCGACACCCCUGGCAACCGAAACUCUGCCUACACGGAGCUGGGAGACUCAUGUGUGGACAUGGAAACGGACCCUUCAGAGGGGCCAGGGCUCGGAGACCCUGCAGGGGGCAGCACCCCACCAGCCCAGCAGGGAUCCUGGGAGGAUGAGGAAGACUAUGAAGAGGAGCUGACCGACAACCGGAACCGUGGCCGGAAUAAGGCCCGCUACUGCGCAGAGGGUGGGGGCCCAGUUUUGGGGCGCAACAAGAAUGAGCUGGAAGGCUGGGGGCGAGGUGUCUACAUCCGCUGAGAAGCAGGGGCCACAUAGUGGCCCAGGGGAGGGGAGGGACCAAGGGGCUCACCACGGGGGUGUAUCUUUCCUCCAGGGGGCGCUGUCUCCCUCUCAGAUGCCUUCGCUGGAUGGUUGGGGUUUCUUUGGUGGUAGCAUCCCAGCUCCUGGGAUUCCCUUAAAGCCCAGCUGUAGGUUUUCACUUACUGCUGUGGGUGGAUGGGGGGAUGCCCACCUUUCUGCAGUGUCCCUUUUCCCCCACCUCAGGGGGCUCUCUCUGCUCACUCCCAGAGAAAAGGUGCACUUCUUUAACUCUUUAUACUUGGGGCUCUAAAUAAGGGUCCUAAAUGGGGUAGCCCUUUCUUUCCCCAACCUGGAGUAUUUGGGAAUGGUAAGGGGGCUUCCAUAGACUCCUUCCCGUGAGGGCUCUCUUCCCUGAACCCCAGAUCCAGGUUCCUUCACCAUGCCCACCCUUCUCCCAGCUUCCUGGCAGCAUUGUCUGGUGGGUGAAAGGUACAGAAUAGAAGCCCCAUGGGGAACUUGUCUUGGUGAGGGGUCUGGGUAGAGAGCGGCAGGCAUCAAAUGCACUGCCCUCUGCCAGACCUGGACCCCUGAGGAGCGGGCAGCCGGAGACCCUGCUACCCACCCCACCACUUCCAUGCCUCAGCCUCCGCCUGCGCCAGGAAUGAGCUUUGCCUACAACCUCCCUUGCCUACUGCCAUUAGAAGAGGGGGCCCCUGUGCGUCUGAGCCCCCCACCCCAUUUCACCUGGGUGUGGCACCCAUGGAACACUCUAGUCCGCCUCAUUUUGAAACCAAAAAAACUGCUCCUUCACUUUUGCCCGGAGGCCCCAGGGGAGAGGCCCUGUGGGUUGGUGCCCAAGAGGUAAUCGCUGCCCCAGGGGUCACCUCGGGGCCUUGGAUCUCCCCUGGGGGCUUGGCUGCUGCUGGUCUUGCUCUGCAUUUGCCUCUUGUGAUCCUGUCCUUCUUCCACGUCCACUCCCCCCCAGGAGAUGCCUUGGUACCCCCUCUGGCCCCCCCAGUGGUCCUCAGCCUAGUGUCCCUACAGCCCCGCAGCCCUGCCCCUCCCCAGCACGCAGUGGGGCCAGAGAGCCGACUGUGCCAACGAGGACUGGGCCCUGCCCGGCUGCCCGCCUCGGGGAUGGGCACCUCAUGCCUAUCUCACCACCUCCUGUGCCAGUGUUGGCCCCCCCCACCUGGGGUGGGGUGCAGCUUCCACUCACUGGUUAGAAGACACCACUGCCCAGUCUCCCCCCACCCCCUCCCUGUCUGGUGUCCUGUGCCCCCAAUCUGUCUGUCUGUCCGUCUGUACUCCCCUAGAAGUAUUUGGCCACAUAUAAAACCGCCGUCCUGUCCUUUGCCGCCGCCUCCCGAGCC